UUUCGCGGAAGCAGGGAUUUUGUACUUCCUAUCAAAGUUCAAGACUUCCGACACAACAAAAUGCGAUCGCUGCUGCGGUUCACCCCUGCGCCACAGCGGACUGUUUGUGUGCACGCUGCCCGUCAAGCCAAGGAUGCUGCCAGCGUCCUAAAGAAGGCAACCGUGAAGCAGGCAGUCUUGGAUGCGAAACCCGAAGUAAAGCGGCCUCCGUCCGCUUUUAACCUAUUCGUUAAGGACAUGUUUCCCGCAAUUAAGAAGGAGAAUCAAGGACUUGCCUUUGCGGAUGUAUCCAAGAAGGUUAAGGAGAUGUGGCUGUCGUCGCCUGCGGAUGUCCGGGCCCCUUACGAGCACGAGGCGGCUAAGCUAAAGUCGAUUGCGGCUGCUAGACGGGCUGAGGUGAAGGCUGCGGAAAAGGCAAAGGCACGCCCGCCUGGAGCUUACAUUUUGUUCGUUAAGAAGAACCGGCCUGCUGUGGUGGCGGCGAACCCAAACAAGUCCGUGACGGAGGUUGGGAAGCUUAUGGGCGCGCUCUGGAAGCAACUAUCUCCCGAGGAGCAGCAAAAGUACAAGGACGAGGCUAAAACCCUUUUGUCGGCCUGGAAGGACUCGCGGGCUGUUCCCGCGUAAUCACAGGCGAUAGAGCUCUUAUGGCAGCUGGCAGCUUGGUAAUAUGUCCCUUUCGGCAGAGGGAUGGCAUUUGCUAAUUUGUUUGCGUUUUUGAGUUACAUGGUAUGUCGUUGUGAGUACACACACGUGUGCAUGCACUUUUGCUGUCGUGGGACUGGUGAGAAGUGGGUUAUGUCGUUGGUGUGUUUUUGAUAUGCACAGAAACCGAACACCGGUACAUCAAGGAAUGUGCAUGAAUAAUCUACAGCAUGCAGUCUGUAGAUGUUGGCGGGAUGUCGGUAUUAACGCAACUGGACAUUUAGUCCCAACUGCUUGGACGUACAGGCUGCCUGUUAUGCUUUCUCGUAAAUAUGUUGCAAGGAGGCCAUGGUGCAAAGGAUUGUGCCGCGGCAGCUAAUGUACGAAAACAUUUCUGAUCGAAAUCAUUUCCCUAGUCAGAAAUGCUUUCGGUUACGUUGAUGGUGGGCUGUCCCCUUUCGUGCUCCAGAGAUUUUAAACUGUAACAGUGCUACCCAAC